ACAGGACUCCCCCGAGAGCAACGCUUUACCGAGAAACAAAUGCAAACGAAACAACACCAUAUCAACAACAUACAAUUCAAGUUCUAUUUUUCCGCCGAUUAUUCUGCGUGCAAAGAUUCAACACCAUUAACCUUAUCUUUCCUUUUUCGAAUCCUUUCCUUCUAAGAAUUUGAUUCAGAUAAAGCCAUAAUUAUCACCACCAUUUAACUGAUCUUGCAACAUUCAAGAGCUCGCUAGCUAGCUCUGCUUCCACUUCCGAAGCUUCAUGGCUGCCAUUUAUCCUCUGGUUCACAGCUGAAGCUGAUGCUCCUCUCAUCAUUAUCAGUUAUGGAUCAAGGUGGAAGCUCCAAAGUAACAGGAAUCAGGCAAAUUGUGAGAUUGAAGGAAAUACUUCAAAAGUGGCAAACUGUGACCUUAGGCUCAAAACCUUCCCUUCCUAACAAAUCUGAUGCAACUGAUCAUCAUGGGAGUAGAUCACCAAUAAUUAACAGAAGGAUAAAAGACAUUGUGAGUUGUGACUCUGAUGAGGAUAGCUGCCAAAGUCCAGAGCCGCCGUGCGAUGUUCCGAAAGGCUAUUUGGCAGUGUAUGUUGGACCGGAGCUUCGGAGGUUCAUCAUUCCCACCAGCUAUCUUACACACUCUCUCUUCAAAGUGUUACUGGAAAAAGCUGCUGAUGAAUUCGGGUUUGACCAGAGUGGUGGGCUCACUAUCCCUUGUGAGAUUGAGACCUUCAAAUUCCUCCUCAAAUGCAUGGAGAACCAGCAGAAUGGGCACCAUGAAGAUGACAACUCCUCUGGACACAGGAACUUUGGAAGAGUAAGUAGUUGCUAGAUCACUGUGGAGGUCGACGUCAUAGGUUGGCUUCUUCUUGCUUCCAUUUUUUUUUUUGAUUUCUUAUGUGAAAAAGAAUGGUAGGAUAUCCUAGUUAGAAACAAAGACUUCAAGUGCCCUGGCAACAAUUUGCUGAUAGCUAGAGCGUGCUGUCUUUGCCUCCAUUUACUUUUCUAACUAGAAACCUUUGAAUUUUUAUUGAGCCAUUCUAUCCACUUAGGGAUGUGAAAAUGAUUAGCAUGUUCGAAUCAGCUUUUUUUUUCUCAGCGUCAAUUCUAUUAUCCAGAAACUUCUCGCAGAACUUCAUUCUAAGAAUUGAUUUUAAGUUUAGAAUUAAUUAUGUAAGAAAUUCCAAACAUGCUAUGAGUAUUUUUUGUAUGUGAGGGUAUCUGUUAAGUGUAUUAUUUUGAGAUGUACUGUGAUCAUUAUUUGACCUGAUUAAGGAUUGGUUUGUCUUUAAAUUGGUCUCAUAAUGAGAUUCUCUGGCUGCUUCAAACUCAUAUUUCAGGGCUUUCCUUGAA